AUGCCAUCUUCUCUUCCAGUGGUCUCCUGCGUGGUGGCAGAGUGGAGUGGCUGGGGUCGCUGCGUCAAGCCCUGCCAGCUCUCCUACCGUGUUCGCCAGAGGCGUGUCCUGCGGGAGCCAAGAAAUGGAGGUGUCCCCUGUCCCCUUCUGGAAGAGCAGGCAGGCUGCAUGGAGUACUGGAGCCACCAGGGAGCGGAGUGCCAGCAGUCCUUGCGCAGCUAUGGAAAAGAGUGGAAAAAGCGAAGUGUUUCCAAGGAGCAGGAGACAGUAGGGUACUGUGUCCAGUUCCGGUUGGGGUCCAUUCCAGGGAGCUGUGGGCAGGUGAGGGCACCCCAUGCCCAAUGGACAAGGUAUCUGACCCAGGGCCACACGGUCUGUGUGAGGUGUGAAUGGCCUGCCCAGGACGCCAGGAGCCGGUGCUGCUAUGGGGAUGGCAGUGGGGCCAGAGGGAACCAGCUGUCGCUGUGGCAAGCAGCCGGCCACCCCCUGUGCCGAGGGACCUGGGAGAGACUCAAGCAGCUCCGGGACUGUUCCUGCCCUGAGGUCCACAGCUUCGUCUUCAUCUAG